AUGAUCCUGUUGAUCGACGGUCGGCUGUUUGUCAGAAUACGUGGCCACAAGAUGAACACAACAUCACCUGUCGACUCGGACAGCGAUGUGUUGUUGAACGACGGCCAAUGGCACAGUUUAUCUGUUAUAAAACAAGGCAGGCAAAUGUCAUUCCAAUUGGACAACGAUCCGGCAAAGUACCUGAAAAAUCUGCCUCGAAGCCUUACGUUGAAAGCAGGUGGCGGAUUGCUGAUCGGUGGCAUACCGAAGAAGCUAGCAGCUCAGUCCGAAAUGGUAAGCGUUGCACUUCUUUCCCCUUUCGCCUAUUUUUUCGUCAUUGUCGCCGCCGCUUUCAAGGGCAUUACCGGUUUCAUUGGGUGCGUCAAAAAUUUCGUUUUCAACGGCGAAGUAAAAGACCUGCUUGCUCUUAAAGGCAAAAAUGUUUCACCUUGUCGAAGCAAUUUCAGCCCUGGCAUAUACGCCAGGAAGUCUAACUACAUGCGAUUCGAUUAUGUCUUCGGAACCGGACUGACCAGCAUCGAUCUGAAAUUCCGCACUGAGCUCGCUGCAGACGGUUUAUUGGUUGCUUUGCUCGACCCUUCGAAGCAGUUCGUCUUUUUCACCCUUGAGCUCAGGAAUGCUGUGGUUUCCGCCUCGCUCUUUUCUUCCCAACGAGCGAUGGAGUAUAUCGAACUUUCUUCGCUGCCUUCACAAAGCCUCUGUGACGAUCGAUGGCAUCACGUGCUGUUCACAGCCAAGCAGCAAGCAUAUCUCACAGUGGACGGCGUGCAGACGGAUCGAGCGCUUUUCGAUGGCGCUCCGUGGAACAAUAAGGACUGUACGAUGUUCGUCGCAGGACUGCCACGCGUACUGUGA